AUGAAUUCAAAAAUUAAAGGAAUAACGGAUGAUAUAACAUCAAUUCCACCAGAAGAACAGAGAUAUUACGCAUUAAAUGCAUUUCCUAAAGUUUUGAAGAUUGGAAGAUUUAAUUUAAAUGAGGAAUUCAUAAAAGGUUUCCUAAAUGACAUAAUGAAGAAGGCAGAUAAGGAAUAUGUGGAUGAAAAAGAUAAUGAAAUUAAAGAAAGGGUUGAAUGGUAUCAUGAAUGGACAUCAAAGAUUUUAAAAACUAAAGCUGAUACAGGAUGGGUUUCAGGAUGUUUAGACCUUAAAGCGGAUAAAACAUAUGUUAACGAUGAGUUAGAGAAGAAGGUGGAUAAGGAAUAUGUUAACGAUGAGUUAGAGAAGAAGGUGGAUAAGGAAUAUGUUAACGAAAUAUACCAAAGUUUGAUAGGAACAACUAAAAAUAUUGAAACUAUUGUUGGUGACUUUUCUGUCAAUGAAGAAAACAAAUAUUUUAGAUGGGAGUUUGUACACUCCUUAAAAAAUGGUAUACGGUGUAAACUCAUUCCGAAAAAUAACAAUGAAAUGUAUGUAGGCUAUAUAAAGAAUGAUGGAACACAAGUUAAAGUUCCAUUAGACAACAACUGCUACUUAAACAUAUAUGGAGACGAACAAAAGAAAUAUUUAAGAGUUUAUGAAAUGGCAGGUAUGACGUUGGCUGACCCAGCUCCAGCACCAUAUUAUUAUGACUAUGGAGAUGACGACAGAACACCACAUGUAGAUGAACAAAAGCUAACAUUAUAUUUAGAUUAUUAUAGAUAUAAAAGAUAUAAUGCAAUAGAAAAAACGAGAAUAGUAUAUUAUUAUACAGAUGACAGAAAUAAAUAUUAUAGUCAAGAUUUUACCUACCCUGAAAACAUAAGAUUAUAUUAUAAAAAAUAUUCUGACACAAACCAGAAGAAACCUGAAAUAGUUACACUAUAUUUUAAGUUCAAAAGAGACAAUCCUAUAUUAUCUCAUAUGUUUGAUUUAAUGAACCCAGUAGGUUCUAUUUAUACAUCUAUGGAUGCAAGAGGUCCUCAAGUAAUGUUUGGUGUUGGUGCAUGGGAACAAAUAGUUGACAGGUUUUUGUAUUGUGCAAACUCUUCAAAGGAAACAGGAGGAAGUAAAACGAUUUCAGGUGAAAAUUUACCUGCACACAGUCACUACAUAGAUUUAAGUACAUCUCAAGCGGGUUGGCAUAAGCAUAGAUAUUGGGAUUGGUCAGGAAUGACAAAAGGUAAAGGAUAUGAUGUUAAAGACGACGUUAAGUUUGCUAUAAAUUGUUACUGGA